AUGCUAACAAGUCUCGAGUCUCUUGAGGAGUUUGGGAAGUUUGGUGAAAAUCGUGCUAGAUAUGGCCAAUUUGAUCCCAUCCUUGAAAAGAUGAAACAACGGCGAAUGGCUCGACAGAGACCUGGUUCAGGAAAUGGUGCUAGUUCUGAGAUGAUGCAUCUUUUUGAAGAGAGUCAUGACACAUUAUUAGAUGGAAUGGAUGUAAAAUUGAAGAAUGCUGCCACAUACUUUGAAGUUGAUGAGGAAGAAAUAAACAAAGAGGAUUAUGCUUUUCGAUAUGAUGCCAAUUUUCCAAUUGAUUCAAAAUAUGAUGUAAAGCAUGCUAACAAGUCUGAGUCUCCUGAGGAGUUUGGGAAGUUUGGUGAAAAUCGUGCUAGAUAUGGCCAAUUUGAUCCCAUCCUUGAAAAGAUGAACCAACGGCGAAUGGCUCGACAGAGACCUGGUUCAGGAAAUGGUGCUAGUUCUGAGAUGAUGCAUCUUUUUAAAGAGAGUCAUGACACAUUAUUAGAUGGAAUGGAUGUAAAAUUGAAGAAUGCUGCCACAUACUUUGAAGUUGAUGAGGAAGAAAUAAACAAAGAGGAUUAUGCUUUUCGAUAUGAUGCCAAUUUUCCAAUUGAUUCAAAAUAUGAUGUAAAGGCUCUGGAUCUUACAAAACCUGGUGUACGCAAGCCUCAUGCAAGGAAUGAAUUCAUUGUAACCACCAAAGGAAGUUCUUAG